AUGCCUCCAAAACCUGCCAAACGUCCGGAGGCACCACCGGUAGACGUGGCUGACCCCUCAUCGGCGGACCUACAAGCCCACGACGCAACCCUCCUCCACCUUCUCCUCCACCGCAACAAAAACCAACAUCGUCAAGCGCAUUGGUGGCGAUACGCCGUUAUGCUCCGGAAGGUGUUAGGAGCUUUACAAAGUGCUGAAGAUGAUGCAGCAGGAGAGGCGCAGAAAGAGAGGAUGAGGAGGAUUGUGCCGGAUGCGUAUGCGGCAUUUACGGGGUUGAUUGCGCAUGGGCAGUAUCCGAAGCUAGGCAUGGUGUUGUUAGGUGUACUUGGGCGUACAUAUUCCUCUAUCGGGCCUGGAUCUGAAUCCGAGGGGGCUCUUGAGCUUGAGGUUACGGUGGAUGAGAUGGAUGUCGACCCGGAGGAUGCGGUGCUGGGCGAUGAUUUGGGCGAAGUCCUCUCUCGCCCUCUCGACCACGAGAUUCUGGAUUUUGGCGAAGCGAUCGCAAGGAGAGAUGACGAUGCGGAGGUCUUGGUUGAUGAGGCGAUGGUGGAUAGCCCUGUUCUUACCGCUGCUGCUGCGAAGGAAUUGGAGACGAUUCCGGCCAUACCAGAGAUUGCGGAUGAAAAAGUGAAGGAGAAGGUGAAAGGCACGAAGAGACAAAGUGAUUAUGCUGCUACUGAGGCACCGGCCGUGAAGAAAAAGAAGAACGUGCUUGGAGCUACAGUGGCGGGUGAAGUCAAAGCGAAGAGCAAUGAUGGCCUGGUCAAGAAGAAGAAAAAAGUUGAAGGAGCGGUGAAGGGGACUAUGGCGGGAUUGGUCAAAAAGAAGAAAAAGGUCAACAAGGACGACAUCGACGACAUCUUCGGGUGA